AUGGUCGCCGGUACCCAUCGUCGCGAGAGCUUGUUUGUCGGUCUCAUGACUCGCAAGAGCACAAGACUAUCAACUAGGAAACCAGGACCCCAGGUGGCAAUGUUCCUAGCGAAACGCGAGGGGACAAAAUCCUUUGUGUAUACGUGCAACACAAAGGAAAACUAUUUCGCUCAACGCCACGGAACGACUGUCCCAAUCACUGCCGGGACCGGCUCCGGGUAUGGCGACGACUUCACCACCUGGUCUGAACGGUUCAAGCUUAUCGUCAAGGUCAAUAACUAUGAUGAAGCAAAGGGCAUAAAGCUUCUACCGCUUUACCUUGAUCCCACAACUUAUUCUAUUUAUCGAGAGUUAGAACAAGCUGGGACCCCUACAACCUUGGACCAAGCUAUUUCGGUGCUUAACAAAGCAUUGCGACCCAGAACAGCAACAACAUGGCUAUCUUUUACCCAUCAGAAGAUGCAUCCUAAGGAGCAUCCUAUGGAUUUUGCAACACGCCUACGUCAUAUGACAAGUGAGCUGAUGCCAGGUCUUCAGCCCAAAGAGCGAGAUGAACUGUGUACUCACCAGUUCUUGGCUGGUAUUCCCCCAGAUUAUGCAAGAGUUUUGUGUAAUGAGAUCUCUACAUUGAGUUUAUUUGAUGCUGCUUUGCGAGUACAACAACUCUUGGGCCUUGAUGAAGCACGAUUACGAGCAGAUUCUACCCCUAAUGCAGCUGAGCUGUUAGGUAUGCCGUCCACUGAUAAUAUGUUGGUAGAUAAGGAGUUGGCUUCUUUAUCAGACCCACCAGUAUCAUCGGUCAAUUUAGUACCACCUACCUCUUGCCCCCCUUCGAUUAUAUGUCAUCGGUGUGGAAGACCAGGACAUUUUGCAAAAGACUGCCGUAUGGACAAGUCAAUUGGCUGUCGAAAAUGUGGUCGACGAGGACAUGUUAGUAGAGCUUGUCAUUCCCAAGUCAAAUCGGGCAACGGACAGGGGAAGACUCAUUAA